UGUGUCUAAGACGAGAGUUGAUAAUAUUUUGAAUAUUAUUGUGUUUUGAAUUUAUAUAAACUAUCUUGAUACUUUAAUAAUGGGUGUGUGGAGUCAAAUACGAUUAGUAUAUUUCUGGCGGUUUCUUCCGAUAAUGGUCUAUCAAUUUAUGACUAAUUUCUUCGGAUUUAGACAUAAAGUAAAGACAGAUAAGAAACUGAAUGGACAGGUAGUUGUGGUGACCGGUGCUAACACUGGCAUCGGAAAGGAGACGGCGUAUCAAAUGACACUCAGGGAGGCCAAGGUAUACAUCGGGUGCCGGGAUGUGAAGAAGGGAGAGACUGCUGUCAAAGAGAUACAAUCAAUGAAUUCAAAGGCAGACAUAAAACUAUUAAAACUUGAUUUGUCUUCACUUCAAUCGGUCCGCCAUUUCGCCAAAGAGUUGUCUCAAUUGGAGUCCAAAGUGGAUAUCCUUAUCAAUAACGCAGGGGUUAUG